UCGCUGUGCUUCCCUGUCGUUCCCUUCAAUUCACACCAUGCUCUUCCGCGCCGCCUCCCGCUAUGCAUGCUCCCUUCGGCCCAUGAUGGCUAUUGCCGCACGGGCGCAAGUCCCCCGUGCGCGAGCUUUCACAGUCACCCCUUUCGCUCGCAUGAGCCAAGGAGUUGUGGAUCGCGAUCUUGAACAAAAGCUCGUAGAGGAACUCAAGUACGAGAAGGAACAAGUACAAGGUGAAGAGGUCCCGAGUUUCCUCAAAGAGUUCCAGAACAAGGGGAUCUGGAAGGUGGAAGACAAGCCGGGAGAGAAGGAGAUUUCAUUGUCGAGAACUUUUGGCAACGAAAAGAUCACAUUGUUGUUCAGCACCGACGCGCUAGUUGAGGCUCAAGAGUUUGACGAGGGAGCUUCGGAAGAGGAGGAACGCACAUUGCCAGUAAAUCUUUCGGUGAUCAUUCAAAAGCAGUCCGGAUCCACAGAUCAUGGUGCCCUAGACAUCUCCGCCACCGCCCAAGACGGCUCAUUUUUCAUUGAAAGCGUUGCUUACAGCCCCUCUUCCUUCCUCGUCGUCGACCAAACUGCUGAAGGUGACUGGCAACGACGCGGCAGAUUCGGCGGCCCCGUUUUCGCCGACCUGGAUGACUCCCUCCAAGAAUUGUUCCACAACUACCUGGAGGAGCGUGGAUUGGAUGAGAGCCUUGCUUCUUUUAUUCCGCAGUAUGUGGAACACAAGGAGCAGAAGGAGUACACUAGCUGGUUGGACAAUGUCGCAAAGUUUGUUAAGCAAUAGAAAUGGGCCAUAAUCGCAUAUCGAAUAGGAUUUUCACAUUUGUGCUUUUUUGCAUUAUAAUAUCGUGAUGCUAGUGUGGUUUUGCA